GGGGAGGCAAAGGGAAGAAAUGGUCGUAUUUUUGUUUGUUAUUCAAUUGAGUUGCGUUUGUAUCUAAAAUAAAUCAAAAACAGCCUGCGGGUAGGAGUAUAUUUUGUUAGACGUUUAUCUAGAUUUGGCAGGGAAGAGUGGUCCAGCCCGGCAAUGGCUGCCGAGCCGGUACCCCAGAUCCUGCGACUGAACGACGAUUGUUUGGACGAGAUUUUCGAUCGCCUGCAGGACCUGCCAACAGAAGUUUCCUUCGCGAGGAGCUGCCAGCGGUUUCGACAAAUUUGCGUAGCCAAAUGGCGCACCUGUCGUGCAUACGAGCAACUUGAUCUGGACAAGUGGCGGGAAAUGCUUCCCAACUAUGAAGAUCUGGUCUACUUCCUCACCCAGAUGCGACUGCACAUAAGGGAAAUGUGUGUCUCCAGUUGCCUUUGUGCUCUAAUAAAAGAUUUGGAUGAAAUGCACAUUACGGAGCUGCCAUUGGUGUUUAGUUUCUACUAUGAUGCUGAGGACGUAGACUGCUAUCCCUCGAACAGGAGCAUUCGGAAGCUGGCUCAGUUGUUGCCGGGAUUGCGAAAGCUGCGUCUCACCACGCCCAUUGACGGGCGGUACCUGUCUCACUUCCGACAUCUGCAGGAACUCCAUCUCUACGAAGAUCAACACAAGGCGUAUGAGCUGCAACAAGAGUAUCUGGACGAAGUGUGCCACAAAAUGCAUGAUCUUCGGGUUCUGGAUAUUCGGACAUACGACAUGAUCAGCAAACUUCAGCUGGGAAACUGCCUGCAGAGCCUAAGGAGCCUCGUCGUAUUGAAGCUAAAUCUUGCUACAUUAAAGCCCAUUCUGCCUGCCGUUCUAGAGCUGCCCUCCCUGAAGAAACUAGUAGUCCUGCUGGACAACGAGUGGCACAUACCGCCACUGGUCAGUCCAGAUAACUACGACCACAAGAUUCGCGAGGUCAGCGAGUUUUACGAGAUCAUGGAGAGAAAAGCCAAGGAUAUAGUUGGCUUUGCCGUCGACGGGUAUUACAUGCCACUAGAACCAGGGUGGGAUGAAAAGCUGCCCAUAUGGACGCAUCGCAGGCUAAAGUGCUUGGCCAUUUGCAGCUGGACCCAUCACGCAGACUACCUAGAACGCUAUACCUGUAUGACAGACUUACAGCUGCUGUGCCUUCGCAAUUGGAACGAACUGAGCGACGAUAUUCUCCUUAGAUUUGUGGAGCUCUGUCCUAAGCUGGAACAUCUUGACGUGUCUUACUGCCGCGAUCUGACGCCAAAUUUUCUACCCCGCGCCCUGAGUGUUCUUACACAGCGAGAACCAUACAAACAGAAGUCGGGAUUUGCACGGUCGCUUCCUCUACAGCUUUACUACGAUCUAUGUGGCUUCGAGGAUUUUGUGGAUAAAGGGAAUCUCAGAAACUCUCCGGAAUAUCGUGGAUAUAUUGUUUUUACAGCCGACUUUCCCGUCGACUCGGAACGAGGUCUAAGCUUUGUAGACCGCGGCUAUCAAUUUGAAUUUGACUGCUCUUUGAAUAUGUAAAUAUACAACCUAAAAUUAUAUAAGUAUUUAUUAUUAAAUAUUAUGUUGCACAAAAAAUGUUAAUUAUUUUCAUUCUGAAAUAAAUUAAUUAGUUAUCAAAAAAGUUUCACUAAAAGGCACCUUUGAACGUUCA